UCAACCACUCGGGAAACUUUGAAAAGGCCACAAUCUCUUCUCCUCUGCCACUUUCCCUUCACAGUUGUACUUCAAAGCUUCUCAAUAACUCUUCAAAUUCGUGUUUGUUUUCAUCGACAUAAUCAAUGGAGGGAGAGAAAGAUGCUUUUUAUGUUGUCAAGAAGGGAGAUGUUAUUGGCAUUUACAGAAGUUUAAGGGAUUUACAAGCACAAACUGUAAAUGAUCCUUCUUUAAUUGUAUGUAAAGGAUAUGGUUUGACAGAGCGGGCUGAGGCGUACCUUGGUUCUUGUGGGCUCAAAAAUGCUGCCUAUUCUAUCAGUGCCUCUGAUGUUAAUGAUAAAACCUUUGGCAAACUUGUUCCUUGCCCUCCUCAGCAACCAACUUCUUCAAGAGGAAACACAUCCAACAGGGAUCCUUCACCACGUAGAUUGCAACAAAUACUUGGCAAGGAGGUGGUUGGAUCAACCUCACUUUUCGCUGAUCCUAGGAUGAAGCAUGUAAACUUAGCUAAUCAAGUUGAAACUCAGAUGAUGCCCUUUAACUGUCAAUCCUAUAUUGUUGAGUUUGAUGGUGCCUCUAAAGGAAACCCUGGACCAGCUGGUGCAGGAGCUAUUUUACGUGCUGCAGAUGGAAGAGUGGUCUGUCGAUUGCGUGAAGGUGUUGGCAUUGCCACAAACAAUGUGGCUGAAUAUCGAGGUGCCAUUCUGGGGAUGAAGUGUGCUCUUAAAAAAGGGUUUAAACACAUUCGUGUACAAGGAGACUCUAACCUCGUCUGUAUGCAGGUUCAGGGUCGGUGGAAAAUUAAAAGUCAGAAUUUGAUUGAGUUGAAUAAACAGGCAAUGGAGCUCAAAGAUAAGUUUGUGUCAUUCCAGAUCAAUCAUGUUGACCGGGAAUUUAACUCUGAAGCUGAUGCUCUGGCAAACCAAGGUGUUAAUCUCAUGAGUGGUCAAGUUCAAGAGGAUUGGAUCAUGUAGUAAAUCCAAAGUUCAGGGAGCACCACGGAAAAUGCAUUGAUUUCUAGGUCCUGACCGGCAUAUUUGUCAAUGCCCUCGCUUGCACUGACAUGUUUUUGUUCAUAAGCCAGUGAAAGUAUGUCAGACAUAUUAGAUGUGCUUCAACAUAUUGACUAAAGUAGUUUUUACGAUGACUGACAAUGUUUCUAGAACAUCAUUCAACCUUUCAACUAAGCUGUUGGUUGGCCAGCAAAAAAUGAAAUCAUCCUUUGU